AGGGGGCGCGCGGGCACGGCGGCGGCGGCGCGCGGUAGCGCGCUCGGACUGCGAGACGGCGGCGAGGAUGUGAGUGAGGAGCAGGCGGCGCCGCUCGCCACGCUGCUGCCGCUCCGCCGCCGCUCGAGGAAGUCGCGGCGCUCCGCCCGGGUGCCUCUCGUCGGCGGGACGGAUCGGAUCGGUUCGGCUCGGAUCGGCGCGUAGGGAACGGAGCGCGAGCUCGGCGGGCGGCCGCGGCGGGUGGAAGGUGACCCCCUCCCCCCCCCCCCCCCCCCCCCCCCCCCCCCCCCCCCCCCCCGUCUUCCUCCGAGCACCUCCGCCUCCUCCCGGAGGAGGAGCAGCGCCGGAGAGGCAGAGAGCGCCGGGAAACAGACGCGGCGAGAAGGCGACCCCCGCCCAGCCCCCCGCGGCAGCGGCAGACGCCGAUCCCCUCCCCGCCGGGGCAGCAGCGCCGGGAGCGGGCGGCGGCGGCCGUCCCCGGCUAACAGCGGGCGAGCCUCGGCCGCGAGCGGCGCCCGGAGCGGGUACGGACGCUCUUUCCAGCUCCGGCCCGCGGGGGAAGAGCGAGGCGGCCCCGACAGCGGCGGCGUCGGCUCCCCGGCCAGCGGCACCAUGUCCGCCGCGCAGGUGUCGUCGUCCCGGCGGCAGUCGUGCUACCUGUGCGACCUGCCCCGCAUGCCCUGGGCCAUGAUUUGGGACUUCACGGAGCCCGUCUGCCGCGGCUGCGUCAACUACGAGGGAGCCGACCGUAUCGAGUUCGUUAUAGAGACGGCGCGGCAGCUGAAGCGGGCGCACGGCUGCUUCCAGGACGGCCGUUCCCCGGGCCCCCCGCCGCCCGUCGGCGUCAAAGCGGUGCCGCUCUCGGCCAAGGAGGCGGCGGCGGCGGCCGCGGCGGCCCAGCAGCAGCUCAACCAUGUGGACGCGUCCUCCAAGGCGGCUUCGGGGCUCUCCCAGUCGGGCCUGGAACGCUACGGGCUGAGCGCGGCGGCGGCCGAGCAGCGCGGCCGCUUCGAGUACCCGCCUCCUCCGGGCAGCCUGGGCGGCGGCCACGGCGCCCGCCUGCCCAACGGGCUCGGGGGGCCCAACGGCUUCCCCAAGGCGCCCGAGGACGGCCCGCCGGAGCUCAACCGCCAGAGCCCCAACUCGUCGUCGUCGUCGUCCUCCUCCCGCCGCGGCGCGCACGGCGGGCUGGUGUCCGGCCUGCCCCCGGGGGCGGCGGGCGCGCAGCUCAACGUUCCCCCCAACCUGCUGCCGCAGACCCUGCUCAACGGGCCCGCCGCCUCCGGCGUGGCGCUGCCUCCGCCGCACGGGGGCCUGAGCGGCCGCGGCGGCGGCGGCCCCCAGGCGCCCUCCGCCUCCUCCCAGGCGGGUGCGUGCGGCGGCGGCGGCGGCGCCGGGGGAGGCGGCGGCCCGGCCCCGGAGGGCUGCGGCAAGCGGCCGGGCUCGGUGUCCAGCAGCGACCAGGAGCGCGAGCUGAAGGAGAAGCAGCGCAACGCCGAGGCGCUGGCCGAGCUGAGCGAAAGCCUGCGGAACCGGGCCGAGGAGUGGGCCAGCAAGCCCAAGAUUGUGCGGGACACGCUGCUGACGCUGGCCGGCUGCACGCCCUACGAGGUGCGCUUCAAGAAGGAUCACGCCCUGCUCGGCCGCGUUUUCGCCUUCGACGCCGUCUCCAAACCGGGCAUGGACUAUGAGCUGAAGCUCUUCAUCGAGUACCCCAGCGGCUCCGGCACGGUCUUUUCCAGCGCCUCCGGCGUGGCCAAGCAGAUGUACCAGGACUGCAUGAAGGACUUCGGCCGCGGCCUCUCCUCGGGCUUCAAGUACCUGGAGUACGAGAAGAAGCACGGCUCCGGCGACUGGCGGUUGCUGGGGGACCUGCUGCCCGAGUCCGUGCGCUUUUUCAAGGAGCUGGUGGGCGCCGACAUGCUGCCGCAGCCGUACCUGGACGCCAGCUGCCCCAUGCUGCCCACGGCGCUGGUGAGCCUCCCGCGGCCGGGGGCCGGCGCCGGCGGGACUCAGGGCGCGGCCGCAGCCUCCCGGGGCCCGGGCGGCGGCGGCGGCGGCGGGAGCGGGGCCAUGCGCAAGAGGAAGGCGUCCCCCGAGCCCUCGGACUCGGCCGAGGGGGCCCUGAAGCUGAGCGACGAGCAGCAGCGGCAGCAGUGGAUGGCCAGUCAGAGCGAAGCCCUCAAGCUCACCAUGUCGGCCGGGGGCUUCGGGGCGGUGCACGGCGGGGGCCCCCCGCCGCCGCCACCGCCGCCCCUCGGGCCCCACUCCAACAGGACCACGCCGCCCGAGUCCGCCCCCCAGAACGGACAGUCCCCCAUGGCCGCGCUCAUGUCGGUGGCCGACACGCUGGGCAAUGCCCACUCGCCCAAGGACGGCAGCUCGGUGCACUCCACCACUUCUACCCGCAGGAACAGCAGCAGCCCCGUGUCGCCGGCCUCCGUGCCGGGCCAGCGCCGCCUGGCCUCCCGCAACGGGGACAUGAACCUGCAAGUGGCCC